ACUUGUGAGCGUGAGUGCGCGUGUGGAUUUCAACUUUUUUGAUUGAUUUCUUUUUCUUAUUGAGGCGAUCUCUAGACUCUAUAUAAGAUCUCUGUUUCACCUCAAGAACUCACACAUUGGUAUCUCUGUUUUUCCUCUGUUCCAUUCUCUCUGUUAGCCUUUUCCUCCCCUACUCCGUUUUUCCUGAAACUGUUAAAAACCUCCAGGGCUGAGGAUAGAGGAAAAAUGACUAAGCAGAAUGUGGUGGUUUCUGAUUGCACGUCGCCUAUCGGAAAGGUUAGACUUGCCGCGUCGAAUUCAGGACUGUUCUCACCCAUCCCGGAAACUCUGGCUUCCCUUGAUGGCCGGCUCAUUGCCAUAUCCAAAAAGAAACCCAUCAAGAGGCUUGAAACUGGAGGAGCCAGGGUCAAUGCCUGGGUUGAUUCCAUGAGAGACUCCUCGCCUACCCGAACCAAAUCCACGCCUUCUCUGCCUGAAAGAGAAGGAAAAAGCUCCUGGAUUCUCCGGCAUCCAUCGGCGUUAGAAAAUUUCGAGCAGAUUAUAUCAGCUUCCAAGGGAAAGCAGAUUGUGAUGUUUCUGGAUUAUGAUGGCACCCUCUCUCCUAUUGUCGAAGAUCCAGAUCAAGCGUUCAUGUCCAUGGAGAUGAGAGAAGCUGUAAGAGAUGUGGCUAGAUACUUCCCCACAGCCAUAGUGAGUGGGAGGUGCAGGGAUAAGGUUUAUAAUUUUGUAAGGUUAGAAGAACUAUUCUAUGCGGGCAGCCACGGGAUGGAUAUCAAGGGACCAUCCAAACAUCCAAAAAGCGACAAAGGAAAUCAAGAACUCAUCUUUGAAGCUGCUUCUGAGUUUCUAACCAUGAUCGAUGAGGUGUACAAAGCCUUGAUAAACGAAAUCAGUUCUAUCCCAGGAGCAAAGGUGGAAAACAACAAGUUUUGCCUAGCCGUACACUUCCGCUGCGUCGAUGAAAAGAGAUGGGCUGCAUUAGCAAAGCAAGUAAGGGUGGUGAUCAGUGUGUAUCCAAAACUUAAACUGACACAAGGGAGGAAGGUUUUGGAGAUCCGUCCAACCGUCAAAUGGGACAAGGGCAAAGCCCUAGAAUUCUUGUUGGAAUCACUAGGAUAUGCCAAUUCUAAUGAUGUUUUGCCGAUCUAUAUUGGAGAUGAUCAGACUGAUGAGGAUGCGUUCAAGGUUCUGCGCCAUAACGGAAAAGGAUUUGGGAUCCUUGUCUCUAGAGUUGCAAAGGAAACAAACGCAUCUUAUUCUUUGCAAGAACCAUCGGAGGUUAAGGAAUUUUUGCGGCUUUUGGUGGAGCAUGAGAGAGGGUUACAGUAAGGACAGCCGGGGAUCGAGAAGAGGAAAAAGAGAGAAGGGAGGGGGUGGUAGGGUGGUCGUAAACUAUAAAACAUAUACAGCAAUUAUUGGCCCUAUAGUUUUUGAAUGGGAUCUCAAUUUUUGCUGUAUGUUAUCUUUUUGCCUAUAGAAUUAUGUAUGUGUUUUCUUGGUCAGGUUGUAAUUAAUCAAAUAUGAGAAAGAUUUCUCCCCGUUUUGAAAA